ACAGUAUGCAUAAAGUCUACAUCUAAUCUAAUCCAGUCAUUAUCUAAAUUGCCUUAUCAGAUAAGCAUAAUUGAGAAUACCUAAUAUGGUGGCGGCUACUUUGCUUGAAAUCACAAAUCAGAGGACUUUCUGCUGUUAAGGUGUAAAUGUCAUAGCAACCUAAGUGUAUUAUCUUUACAGCUAGUUAUGACAUGAAUGGUGUUCUACAUAAUCAAUGCCCAACCCCUGUGCCAAGACCUUUGCUUGUGCCUAUUAAAAGGAGCAUCCAGAGAGAUUCAUUCACACUAAACUGUCACAUCCGCCAUGUGGCUCCUCGUAGUUGUUGUAUGGUUAGUAGUGUGGGUGGGGGGUACCUACUGGUACCUCUUUGGCAAGCGCAGUCCCUUCUCCUUGGAAUCUGUCAGGCCUCCUGGACCACGAGAGUUUGACCAGAAGAAGCGGGACAAAGUCAUCAAGCAAGGUUUCAGUCUGGAUAAGGUGCCCCGGGACUUGGAUGUCAUUGUGAUCGGCAGUGGCAUUGGCGGGCUGGCAGCCGGUGCCACACUUGCCAAGGCGGGCAAGAAGGUCCUGGUUCUGGAGCAGCACGACCAGGCUGGAGGCUGCUGUCACACAUACAUUGAGAAGGGCUUUGAGUUCGAUGUCGGUCUUCAUUACAUUGGUCAGUUGCACGAGAAUAGUCUGUUGCGGAUCAUCUUCGACCAGAUUUCUGAAGGUCAGCUGGAGUUCCAGGAGCUCAACCGGCACUUUGACACCAUUCAGAUCGGCCUGGGAGAUGACCGACGGGAGUAUAGCAUCGUCUCAGGAAAAACUGAGAUGAAGGCUCACCUAAUAAAGCAGUUUCCUGAUGACGCGGAGGCAAUCGAGACAUUUUUCAAGAUAAUGAAGAUCUCAGCCAAGAAGACACACUACCUGGCAACCUUGAAGCUCAUCCCGCAGUGGAUUUCUUUGUUCCUUUUGAAGUCAGGAAUCGCAGAUCUUGUCUCGCCAGUUUUCCGACUCUCUGGGACAUGUGCCACUGACCUGGUGAACACAUUGACCACCAACAAGGAUCUCCACGUCAUUUUUUCGUACCUUUUCUAUGGUGUUCCUCCAAAGGACUCGAGUAUUUUGAUAAAUUCCCUCCUGGUCCAUCACUACAAGCGAGGGGCUUACUACCCCAAAGGCGGUGCCAGCGAGAUUGCCUUCCACAUCAUCCGUACGAUUCAGAAAUACGGCGGCAACUGUCUGGUACGAGCACCCGUCUCGCAGAUCUUGGUUGACGACAAGGGGACGGCACACGGUGUGAAGGUGAGGAAAGGUGGAGAAGAGGUGGAGAUCCACGCCCCGGUUGUGGUUUCAAACUGUGGCAUCUUCACCACGUUCCAGAAACUUCUCCCUCCUGAGAUCCAGAUUAAGACAGACAUCCAAGAAAGACUGAACAUGAUGAAGCAUGGCAGAGGAUCCUUUUUAGUCUUUUCUGGUUUUGACGGGACAGCGGAGGAACUUGGUUUGGAGUCCACAAACUUCUGGUUGUUCAAGAACAACGAUAUGGACAAAUCGAUGGAGGACUUUUUCGCUUUGAGCAAAGAGGAAGCACCAGACAACAUCCCCAUGAUGUUCAUCACCAUGCCAUCAGCCAAAGACCCGGAGGCCAAAAUAAGACACCCUGGAAAAUCUUGCAUGACCAUCCUGACUAUGGUGAAGUACGAAUGGUUUGAAGAAUGGAAGGACACCACCGUCCGCAAACGUGGCGACGAAUACCACAACUACAAAAUGAGAUUCGCUAAUAAUCUCUUCAACUGGGCCUGUCAGUUGUUCCCAAAAAUCAAAGAUAAGUUGGUAUUCCAGGACGUGGCAACGCCACUCACCAAUACGCACUAUCUGGGCGCCCAGCGUGGCGCUAUGUACUCUGCCGAACACAAUCUGGACCGCUUCAAAGCUGAGGCCGUGGCCAGGAACCGCUGCCACACUCCUGUGAAGAACCUCUACCUGUCUGGUCAAGAUGUGUUCAGCUGCGGAAUCGCGGGCGCUUUGCACGGCGGCAUCUUGUGCGCCUCGGCCGUACUGGACCAUAUUGUCUACAUCGACCUGCUCCUUAUCAAGAAGAAGCUGAAGCGGCGCAAGGCCAAGGAGCUAGCCAUACUGGCUUGCAAGAAGUUGCAAUGAACACUCACUGCUCAUUGUUUGUUAGAAUACCCUGAGGGAGCGCUCAAGAUCUCACUCGCUUUGUUUUUAUUAGUAUAUUCCAGGGAUGUAAACACAUUGGUCCUUUGAGCCCAAGUUAAUUGUGGACCUAUUGUUCCCUGUAGGUUACGGGUAUGCCAGCAGAGGGAAUGCUUAUCAUGUCUUUGGCCUAAUGAUAGUCUUAGGAAGUCAGAUGGUCGUAGUUCAUUUGAACCUGUUGCUCAAUGGCCAGCUCAAAAGUCAAAGCGAUGGAAUUUUCUGAGACUUACAUUUUGUUGCUAUUGUUGUUGUUGUCAUUCAUGUCAGUCUUAAUGAUUGUUGCAUUAUGUAUCAAAUUACUAUUUAAGAUAGCAGAGAUUAAUGUAUCAUUUGUGAUUUUUGCUUUAUUUAUGAUUCAAUGUAAAAUAUCAGAGGAAUGUAUUGUUUGAUAAUAUAUGACUGUCAUGACAGAUCAAAUAAUGCUUUUAUUUUUAGUGUGUGCAAAAGCGAAGGAAUACUUAUAUAUUUAUUUCUUUUAUGACUAUACAUCUGAUCUUACUUUAAAAAGGCCGUAAUCAGUUUAUGUAUACAGUGGGGUGAACAAGUAUUUGAUACACUGCCAAUGGGUUUUCCCAUUGGCAGUGUAUCAAAUACUUGUUCUCCUCACUGUAUGUAUAUAUCUUGUCUUCUAACUGAAUAAUAGCUUAUAAUUCCUUUGGAAACAAUUCUCAAGUUGUAUGAAUCAAUACCUCGGAAAAUG